GCAUUGAAAUUAUUAUUUUUUUACCCCAAACAAAACGAAAGCGAAAUUCCGGCGAAAAACAUGAGCGAGAAAACCACCGGAGCAAAGUCCAGCAGCGGCCGGGGCCAUCCCAGGUCGAAGGCCGUCUCAAGAUCCUCAAAAGCGGGCCUCCAGUUUCCCGUGGGUCGUGUCGCCCGUUUCCUGAAAAAGGGUCGCUACUCCGAGCGCGUCGGGUCGGGCUCGCCGGUCUACCUCUCCGCCGUCCUCGAGUAUCUCGCUGCCGAGGUGCUUGAGCUUGCCGGAAAUGCAGCCAGAGACAAUAAGAAGACCAGAAUCGUGCCAAGGCACAUACAGCUGGCGGUGAGGAACGACGAGGAGCUGGGAAAGCUGUUGGGGUCUGUGACGAUCGCGAGCGGUGGAGUUCUGCCCAAAAUCCAUCAGGUUCUGCUGCCGAAGAAGACUGGCGCCGGCAAGGAUAAAGGGGAUGUUGGGUCUGCUUCGCAAGAGAAAACACAAUCUUGUCUUUAUUUUUACAAAAUUCAAAAUUCCCUUUCCCUGUCAGUCAAAAAUUUUUAGAUCCCUGCGAAAAAAAUGAGCUCCGCAUCCACCAAAGGCGGCCGUGGCAAGCCCAAAUCGGCAAAAUCCGUUUCCCGUUCGUCGAAGGCUGGCCUCCAGUUUCCCGUCGGCAGGAUCGCGCGUUUCCUCAAGACCGGUAAAUACGCCGAGCGCGUCGGAGCUGGUGCGCCGGUCUACCUCUCCGCCGUUCUUGAAUACCUUGCCGCUGAGGUUUUGGAGCUUGCCGGUAAUGCUGCGAGGGAUAAUAAGAAGAAUAGGAUUGUGCCAAGGCACAUUCAGUUGGCGGUGAGGAAUGAUGAGGAGCUGAGCAAGCUUUUGGGGCAUGUGACUAUUGCCAACGGUGGUGUUUUGCCCAACAUUCACCAGACUCUUUUGCCGAAGAAAGCCGGAGGGAAGGACAAGGAGAUUGGGUCGGCCUCGCAGGAGUUUUAGGGUUCUUCUUGGCCAUUGUUUAGAUGGCUUGGUUAGUUGGUAUGGUUUUGUAUAGGGUGUGAUCUUUCCUUUUUUUCGUAAUGCUGGUUUAUGUGAAACUCUGAUUUUGAGAUCCGAAAUAUUUAAUUUGGUUAUGGAUUUAACUUGUUCUGGUUAUAAUUUUUGUUAUGGUGAUGGUUUAGUAUCUUCUCUGGUAUAAUUUUCACUUGAAAGUUACUUUUUUGGUAAAGUUAGUUUUUUUCUUGAUCAGGAUUAUAUGAACGUGGUUUCAUGUGAGAUGUUAAUAUCUUGUGGUAUUCUCCUGCUUUUAGCACAUUAUUUUGGUGUCAUUUUGGCUUCUUCCUCAUUUCCUUAGUUUUGUUCAUUGUUCUUUGUCCAUAGUGAGUUGUGUGAUCAACUUUGAAACAUAUUUUGUUGCCCUAUAAGUUUUAGUAGCAUUGACUUGUAACAAAUUGUUUCUAAAUUAUGAUCUGUAAUAUUUUGUUAAAGAGACUCUCCUUCGGAGAAGGGCAAUUUUUCCUUGGUAGAUAAGAGUGAAUGUUAUAACUAAAUUGUAGUAGACAUUCCUCAAUUUUGUGCAAGAAAUAAUAUUGUAAGUUUAUUUUACGGUAAAGCAGUAUUUUUCUUGAUCUAGAUAUUAUUUUCUUAUUCUUAGCUCAUGAAAUUGGUUUCAUUCUGGGUUUGCUCCUCAGAUCCUUGGUUUUGUUAAUUUGUACAUAGUGAGGGGUAUCAUCAAACUUUGCAUCAUAUUUUCAAGUGAGCUGAUGAACACUUGAAGUACAUUUCACAGAUUUGUUUUGUUUUGUUUUGUUUUUCCUUGUGGUUUUAGCUGCCUUUGUUGGUAUCAGUUUAAUACUAAAUUAAGAAGUGUUAUUCGUUGCAGGAGAAUUUCUGCAGAGGAACUCAAGUUGAUGAAUGAAUGAAUAUUCUAUGUAAAUUGCUCUGUUUUGAAUUAGGCAUUGACAAAGAAUGUAAUGACACCAUGCCAGCUCCUAUAAUUUUCAUAUGAUGAUGUCACGUCUUGUUCAAGGAGAAAACCUACAUUAUGUAAGGUUUUAAAUUGAAGAUGAGGCUAGACUAAUGAAACAACAGACUGCAGAUUGUCCGUUUGAUUUCUUUGGCUGUGGUUUACUAUCAAAGAACUCGAUAGUAACUAGUUUUUUUUCGAUGAAUUGUGUUUUCAGUAACUGAACCAAUUUCAUCUGUUAUUACAUUAUACAUUAUUACAGAUCUCAUUUCUCCAGAGUCUCCUACACCAAGCCAAUCUUCUUGUGUUUUUACAUCUUGAUCUUGGGAACUUGCUCAAAUGGUAGAGCGCUUGCUUUUGCAUGCGAGAGGCACAGAUUCGAUCCCCCGCAUCUCCAUUUUUUGUCUGAAUUGUACUGAACAACGAAAGCAAAUGUAGAAGAUUUUUUUCUCUAAAAAGUAGAAGAUUUGGUAAUAGAGUUUGUAUUUCCAUCUCAUCCAAUCUCAGCAUUAAAAUUCAACCUCAUUUUUCCUCCCACGAAAGUUUGUUCAGCGACUUCUCUUUGUCCUGGGGCUUAAAGGAUUGUAUUUUCUUGUUAAUUGUUUGGAAAUUCAAUUAUUCUUCUCAUUAUUUUUUUCGUAACUGAUGUAUAGUAAAUUUCAAUUUAGG